AUGUCCAAUUUGAGACAUUUGAUGAACUACGAUAAUAGCAGUGCCACUGCCACUGCCACCGCUGCUACCACAAACUAUAUGAAUAUCCGGAAAAAGGCCAGUAUUAGCAACCUAAUCGAUGCUACUGACGACGUGCCUUCGUCGUCGUCGGCUUCGUCUUGUGCUCAUGGCUAUCCUGACGAGGACCAGCAGCUGCGGCUGCUACCAAAUUACAAGUACAACCAAUAUAACCAGUCAAAACCACCACCAGCAGCAACUAGACACGGGAAACAGCAUGGAAGAAAAGACGAGCACGAUGAGGUGGAGGAGGAGGAGGAGUUGGAGGAGUUGGAGGACUCGGAAGACCAACAGUCACCUUCAGCCAACAACAACAACAACGACAACAAGAAUUUGUCUUCCUCGUUGCAUAAAAUGUCAAACCACAUCUCGCAAGAACAGAUUUUGUCCAGCUUUGAAAAAAUCAAAACCCAUUUCCCCGCGGCGCGAAUCAAGAAGAUCAUGCAGAGCGACGAAGAGAUUGGCAAGGUUGCUCAAGCGACCCCGAUAAUUGUCGGGCGUGCCUUGGAGAUAUUCAUGGCGAAUCUCGUGGAAGUGAGCAUAUUGCAAGCUAAAAAACAGGGCGUCAAGCGCAUCACUGCUUCUCAUGUCAAGUCUGCCAUUGAAAAUACCGAACAGUUUGAUUUCUUGGUUGAAGCGGUGGAGAAAUACCCGUCAUUGAAAAGUUGA